UGCGUGGCACGAGCAUGCAUGGAAUUGGAAGUGCGAACUUGAAGGUUGAGUUCCGUCAGAUUUAAUUGGAUGAAAUCGCCGACUCUGGAAACAAAGUUUUAUGAAGUGACAUUUGUUUGCUGAGGAAUGUGUCUUGAUAAAGGAGAACUUUAGAGCGUUGGGCCGAGCUACAACACUGCCAGCAGCUGCCAAUCAACAAACCCGCAGUCCUCGCAUAAUCAUCAGAAAACGUCACUCCAUUCAUCUGAGCAUUCCAUCUGCCGUCAGCAUUCCUGCAGCUGUGGGAUUUUGCAUCAAUUUCUCUGUGGUCCCGUUGAUUACGAGCACUGCACCAACAACAGCUGAAAGAGAGUUGAAUAAAGUGUUACUGGUUUAACCUUCAUUUCGUGUGCCAACUCGUCAUUCCUUCAAGAACUCUGCAGAGACCUAAAAGACGCUACAGUGCACGUAUGUGUCUGACGGCGUUUGUGUUAAACCCAGACCCCGGGGAUGGCGGAUAUCGUCUCAUACUCGCCUUCAACCGAGAUGAGUUUUACGAGAGACCCACCAAACCCGCCGAGUUUUGGGACAGGAAUUCCGACAUAAUAAGUGGUCAGGAUAUGUUUGUAGGCAAGGAGGGAGGUACCUGGCUAGGUAUGAGCCGAUCGGGCCGGCUGGCCAUGCUUCUGAAUAUCCUGCAACCUGACGGGAUUAACCCAGAUGCUAAAGGAAGAGGCUCCCUUGUGUCAGACUUUCUGGAAGGUAGCAUGGAUGGCCAGACCUACCUCCAAGGCAUAGCAAAGGAAUGCGAUUCGUACAACGGCUUCAAUCUCAUCACUGUGGAACUUGGGAAUAAUGGAAGCAUAGAUGCUAACUACUACACAAACUAUGCCCUGGAGGCGACAGACCCCAUCAAACUGACCUCAGGUAUACAUACAUUCUCAAACCACACAAUCAACACGGCAUGGCCAAAGACAGAUCACGUACAAACAGAACUUGAGAAAAUCGUCCAAAAUGCACACAGCCUUACCAAAGAAGAACUAACAGGAGAGUUAUUGGCAAUGAUGGCUUGCGAUGUACCGCUUGUGUCCAGUGCAGACAUUUCCACAGAAGACAUGGACAUCUCUAAGUUCAAAGAAAUGCUGAAGGAAUUGGUGUUCAUCAAGUCAAACACAUAUGGAACAAGGACCACAACUGUUAUCCUUAUUGAUGCAGUGGGAAAUGUCUCAUUCACUGAGAGGACACUGAGAGAACCAAUCGAUCCAGCCCACCCGGAUUGGGAACAGCGGAAUCACACAUUCUCCCUGCUUUAAACCCUUCCCGGCCCUUUAAAAUCCAGCAGGAGGUCUAGCAGGAUACUGGCGUGAUUGAGGAAGGUAGAGCCCAGCCACUGUCACUAUGCAUAGAGAUUUUAACACACGUUGGCUCAGGGUAGCUUAUAUGAAGUUAACAACAAACACGCUUUCUUGUGAACAAUUAUUUCAUAUAGAUCUACCGCUGGUUUUGACACACAGUCUGUGGUGAUGGUGCAUUUGGACUGCUAAUCUUGCUGGGUCACUGAAUCAGGCCAAUUUCGCCCAAAUUUUAAGAUAUUUAUUUUAAAUCAGCCAAUUCCCCUAAGAUGCAACCAUACUGGCAGUUUCCAUUUUUAACUGUAAUGCACUUCUAUGCAAUUAUUAUUUUUUUUGGGGGGGGAGGGGCAUUUAAAAAUUUUUGGAAUGCCUUGCUAUAUUAUUACAUUGUCUUUAUGUCGUAUUCCAUUUUCUAGUGCAUAUUGUCAAGGCAUUAUUUUAUGUAAUUAUUGAUAAUAGUUUUUUUUAACCUCUAUCAUAAUCGAGUACAGUCCUAAAGUGAUCAAAUGUGAUAAAUUGUGCAAUUUAAUAUGAACAUGGUUUCAGAAGUAUGAGCAGAUGUAGUAGCGUGAUAGACCUUUUGAAAUGUAAAUUCGUUAAAUACUUGCGUUAUUUUAACCCCUUGAGUACUUUAUUUGCAUAUUUGCCUCAACAGUACACAUGUACUUUUCAAUUUUUUUAAUAGCUGCAGUAGUUACUGACUGAAACUCUCUAAUGGAUUUGGAAAGUGCAAAUCUUGUAGCAAAAGAUAACCAAUUUGAAAUG